AUGAAUAAAAAAUACCCUACCUACAUAGUCAAAGAAACACCAAGAAUCUGUUUAGACAAUGGCACUCAAUAAUUUGAAGAACCUCUUAAUAAACGAAUUUUAGUAACUCAAGAAUAAACUAAUUAAUCAUUCAAGGAUAUCUAGCAAUCUAAUUCAAAAAAUGAAUAAAAAAAGAACAAAUUUGUAUUACAAAAAGAAUAUGAUGCUAAGUGUAUUGCAUAUACAGAUUAAUGCUACUCAUUUCUUAUUAAUUAAAUGCUAAGUCGUUUUGCUUCCUUAGAAAGUGCUUCUUAAGCUGCCACAGCUUAACCCUUAUUCAAAAUGCUUAGAGGAGUAACAAAAAAGUUCAUGUUCAAUGAACUCGAGGUUAUAUUCUUUCUCCAUAUUAUUGAAUCAUAGAAGUGGAGAUUUGACGAUGACCCUCUCAUUUAAAAUUUCAUAUAAUAUUUUAAGUAAGACUUUUUAUGUAAUUCUGAAAUCUACAACCUAGAAGGAUAUAAAAAGCUUUUGCUCUUUUUAGUAUGCUGUGGCUACACGAUUAAAUGUUUUUUUAAUGAAUCAAAUGAUUAAGACAUUUUACUAAUUACCUAACAUAUUCAGUCAUAUUGCAAUGAUGAUUUUAAAAAGUUUAUAGAAAAUUGGAGAUAAACCUAUAUGAAUGGAGCAUUAAGAACUGCACCAAGGAUUAUUAAUAAACUAUUCUGUAAACUCAUGAGAAUGCCAAAGGAUGGUAAACAUGAUCUCCAACUUGAUUAUAAUGCAUUGGUAGAUUCAAUCAUUUAAUUAUCUCCUCCUUAUUAAAGCAAUGAUACUAAAACUUAAAAAAAGAAUGAUAAACUCCAAGAUAAAGAAUAACAAUAAUAAUAAUAAUAAUAACAACAACAACAACAACAACAACAACAAUAAUAAGAAAUUUAUCAAUAAGACUAAUCAUUUUAAUCAAUUAAUCUUCAAUAAAAUCCAUAAUUGUAAUUUUCAGCCUAAUUUAUGUUGCCAUUUUAAUCGAACUAACAACCAAACCUAAAUCUAUUUAAUUCACUUUAAUUAAAUAAUUCUGACUUUCUUGAUCAAUUUAAAUAAUAAGAUGGUUUAUUUGUAUCAAACAUUAAACAAUAAGAGUGUCAAUCCUAACUCUAUAAUUCAACAAACAUAUUUAAAAAAUGA